UUUAGAUUUUUCUUUCAAACAAUAAAUUAUAGUUAUAGUUUAGUGUAAUGCAAUGUAAAUUAUAAUUGUAUACAAUUAACAAGAUCUAAGAAAAAUCACUGUUUGUAGUUAUGUAGGUCUCGCGUGUCAUAAGUUUUGAAAUUAAUAAAAUUACGUUUAUGAAAUGUUAAAGUUGUUAAAUGGCAAGGGGGUUUGCUUUUUCACAAAAUGAAUAAUGCCCAAGAAGAAGUCGGAAACGACAUGUGUAAAAACCACACUGGAAGAUCCGAGAAGGAUUUUUACAGGGUUUGUCCUUCAAAAUUAAGUAAGCGUGAGCUAGAAGACAUGUACUUUGCUCUUGUUGAAAAUAACAUGGAUCUUAAAAAAACUGCAAAUGGGCAGCGGGAACAGAUCAAACUUUUGAAUACUAAAGUCCAGAGGAUGAUUGCUCAACGACCCACUACUACUAAGGAGCUAAAGGAUUGCUGCAUUAAUAAUAAGGCUAUUAUAAAUGAGCAAAAGGAAGUCAUAGCUGAUUUGAAAAAAAGUAAUAAUCGCUUAACGGAAAGGAUACGCUUGCUUAACAUGAGACUCUGCUCUGCAAAGCAGUUUCUCAAAAAAGGCCAAUUACCAAGCAGUGCCCGAUGCCCAAAAUGUUGCAAUGGUUUGCCUGUAUCUGUUAAGAAUUCAUCUACCACUGGUCUUAACACAGAACCCGUUGAACCCAGCAUUAAAUCAGCAAAUGCAUCCUGCCAAUACCUUGCAAAUGUUACAUCACCAACACCGGGAUCUUCUGCAAGAGAACAGCUUGUGGCUCCAGAUAAGACAAAUGAAUUGUGCGAUCAGAACAAAUGCCGUACUGCUAUGGAGGAGCUUAAACAGAAAACAAUAUCGCUACAAAAGGAGCUAUCCCAAACGCACGAAGAAUAUGCGUCGCGUAUAAAAAAGUUGGAAGAUGAAAUGGCGCGUCUCAAUGCCGAGAACGUACGCGUGCGUUCGGAGUCUACGUCCAGCGAUCAUCGUCUGGAACGACAGAGAGGGGAGAUAUCAGAUUUAUUGCUAAGGUUGAGAAAGUGCGAGGCCCAGUGUGAGCACUUGUCAGUCCAGUUAAAGAUAGAGAGAAGUCGGUCGGCGGAACUAGAGAUGCAAUCGAAGGCUUUGAAUAUGUCUUCCACCAUCGCUACAGCUGUUGAACAGCAUAUAGCCGGAUUAAAUUUGAAAAGGGAUGAAAUGGACACCAAAUUAAAAGGGGAUGUGUCAGCUCAAAGUAUCGACAACAGUUCUAUGUAUCAUUGCCAGUUCCAGUUAAUAGUUCCCAAUAACUCUAUUUCAUCUCAAACGGACAAAGUAUCAGAAGCGAGUGCGGAAAAAAUUAUUAAUCGGCCUUCAGAUGAUUCAGGGUACGCUGAUAUUAGCAAUGCUUCUUGUGAGGAGUCAACCAAAAAGGAUAACAAAGUCGUGAAUGAAAUUGCCGCUCUUCAAGAGCAGUUGGACAAUUUGAAACAGUCGCUCGGAGAAAAUCGAGAGAUUGAUUUUGACGAGUCCGUUUUACUAAGAAGAAAGUCUUGUUUGGAAAGACCAUCGUGCAGUAAAAAAGAUAGCAAAAAUCCACCAGUGCCUGGGGAUGACGAUUUUCUUAUAAGGACAAAUCGGCUCAAUUCUGUCAAAAACACACACGAAUGGUGUAAAGAAUAUGAUAGAAGUGACGCUGGUUCAACUAUCUGUGAUAAUGGUCCAUCCAUCGUAUCUGAAGUGAAAGAUAAAGACAAAUGCAAUUCUGAUAAAGAAAACUAUACGAAUGAACAGUAUUAUGAAAAGGAUAUUUUUAAUAUCAAAGAUGUACCAAAACUUGAUUUAAGCGAUGUUAACGAAUCCAACGAAGGAAACAAAACAUAUAGAAAAGAUAAUGAUGAAAAAAACGCUAAAAACGCUAGUGAAUCAAACGAUAGUUUUCAGUUCACAAAAGAAACGAUAACAAAAAUUGAUGGCAAACUUGUCUCUCAACCCUUUAAUGCGACAGAAAGAAAAGCAUCGAUAGAUGACUUUCAAACAGAGGUAGAUGAUUAUCAAGAAAAUAAUUUUACAGGACCAUCGAAUAUAAGGAAAACUUCGAUACCAAAAAUUGAAUCUAAGGAAAUUGGCAGGCAGUUUGUGUCGACCGGUGUUGAUCCUAUAGACUUGCCUUUGGAUAAGCUUAAAGAAACAGGUGUUCAUAUUAAAGAUACACCGUUGUCUUUAUCAGAAAAGAAUCGCCUUGAAAUAUGUGAGCAAUCAGUUCGCGUGUGUACUUGUCCGGAGUCCGUCCGUCGCGGGACGUCCAUGUUCCGAUCGUGUAGUGGUACGCUUCGCUUCACAACCACGACCUCUAACAGCAAGUUUCGGAAGUGCAAUUGCGCCGAUAAUUUAUCUCUGGACAUGAAAGACGUAAAAGAUUCCCAAACUUGCGUUCGUAAAUCAACGCCACACGGUACAUUUGUUCUGCAGGGCGAGGCAAUAUUGGACGCGAUGUCCCCCAACACAACAGGCUGUGAAGUAUCCUCCUUGACAGAUUUGCCUUCGGAUAGAACAGCUGUAAGUGGGCGCACAUCGCUAGGGGAAGAUAAGGGCACAUAUACACGAAGCGACGAAACGCCGCGCUCAACUACGGACUACGGAUCGCUCAGCGAAGGCGAAAUACCGAAUUCUGGACGUAAACGUCCUUCGAUAGGUGAAGCGCCUCUUGAUGUUAAUUUACGACGUCGAGAAACAUCGACUUCAGAAAAAAUGGAGGAUACAUUGCGUGCGAUCAGCGAAGAGUUAUCGAGAUGUAGGCAUUUGUUACAGAUGCAAUCCUCACAUGAGGUAAUUCACUAUUGAAUGGUGUUUAAAUGUAUUCUAAUACAAAAAAAAAACAUUCUUUUAAUAUUACAUUGUGAAUCACUGCAAAUAUAUAUAUAAUUUGUGUUAUAUCGGAAAUUAUUUGUUACAGUCAACAGUAGGUAUUAUAGGUAGUUUAAAUAUUGAGCUUCUUAUUAUAUCUAGUUUUAGUUAAAUUUUAUUAUACUAAAAUAUUCAUGUAUCACAUGUAGAAACAAAUUUUCAAAGUAUCAAGAUGAUUAUUCUCGAAGUAGCUCGGCUAAGAUGAAAUAGAAAAAAAGAAUACGUUCUGGAAUGCACAAAUUAGUAGACCAGAAGAGUAUGGCUUGCAUGCCAUACUAAAGUUGUAUAGUGAUUCUUUUACUGUCCUGCGUAGUGGUAUAUGUGUCGCAGUAAAGUAGUUAAUUCAGAAAAUUAAUUGAAUCUCUAGUCAGUUAAUUAAAGAUCGAUAUUCAAUCAAGUCGCUAGCAUUUUGAUUGAAAUAAAGCAGCAUAGUAAGCGUUUAACUAUCUGUCUGACCAAAACCCAACGUGUUGACUAUUCUAACGGAACUUUAGCGACUAUUGAAUGUCGAUCUGUCGGAUCUUACUUUACAUUAGCUACUCUUCGUUAAUUGUACAAAUAAACUCUUGAAAAUUCUACGAUUCGUAUUUGAGAAAAUGGACGCGGAAACUGAGAGUUUAUAGAAAAUAUUUUGUAUAUAGUAACGUAGUUAAUUAAUAAUUGUUACAUAUAACUUAAUAAAUAUUAUGU